CAAUGUUGUGUUAGUUUCUGCUCUACAUCAAAGUGACUCUCAUAAAUAUACAUACACAUAUAUGUUGUAUAUACACAUAUAUCCACUUUUUUUUACAUUCUUUUCCCAUUACAGUCCUUUUUAGUGAUAGGCAGGUAACACUGCACCAACAGCUGUCCAUCCUUCUUGGCCAUGGCCCCCAAGUCAAUCCUUAUCCAGCUCAAGUCUUCAAGGCUUGGGGUGCUAAAUCAUUGAAGGAUUCUUCUCUCAAAGCGGAUGGAAAGGGAGGUUACUGCUGCCCCUUAAUGCAACUUGUUCCUUGAUUCAAUCUUCGUCCCUCCCUGGAAAUGCCAGGUGUGUCAGGAGAUGAGUCUGAUUAUGGUUUUACCAGAUCACGUGCCACAAAAGAAUGUCAUUAGAUGGACUGACUCCCAAUUAACAAGGGCAGAUACUUGGGCUAGACCGUGUGGCCUCUUUGAAGGUCUACCACAGGACUCUGAUUUCAGGGGUGCCUAGCCUGAAGAGGAGUCCUGACUUAACAAGAAGCCAAGUAAAAAAAUUUAUGGGACGAGGGACUCUUCUGAGGAAGGCCAAUAACAGAUUGAAGGGAAGGGCAUUUGAAAAGCAGUGAGGAAGUAAAAAGAAAAAAGACAUUACGUACUGUGUCCACACCCUCUGGGGAUGGGGUAUAAAUGCUCCCCAGAUGCAGAAGACUCCAAAGCUCCUUGCAGAACUUGGACUCUGUCUUCAGCCGGUCACCUCACUCCCUCCAUCACCAUGCCUUACAGCUGCUCUCUGCCCAGCCUGAGCUGCCGCUCUAGCUGCUUCUCCCGGCCCUGUGUGCCCCCCAGCUGCCACGGCUCCACCCUGCCCGGGGCCUGCAACAUCCCCGCCAACGUGGGCAACAGCAGCUGGUCCUGCGAGGGCUCCUUCAACGGCAACGAGAAGGAGACCAUGCAGUUCCUGAACGGCCGGCUGGCCAGCUACCUGGAGAAGGUGCGCCAGCUGGAGCGGGAGAAUGCGGAGCUGGAGUGCCACAUCCGGGAGCGGAGCCAGCAACAAGACCCCCUUGUGUGCCCCAACUACCAGUCCUACUUCCGGACCAUCGAGGAGCUCCAGCAGAAGAUCCUUUGCACCAAGGCAGAGAACACUAGGCUGGUAGUGCAGAUUGACAAUGCCAAGCUGGCCGCAGAUGACUUCAGGACCAAGUAUGAGAUGGAGCUGGGCUUGAGGCAGCUGGUGGAGUCGGACAUAAAUGGCCUGCGUAGGAUCCUGGACGAGCUGACCCUGUGCAAGUCUGACCUGGAGGUCCAGGUGGAGUCCCUGAAGGAGGAGCUGACCUGCCUCAAGAGCAACCACGAGGAGGAAGUCAACUCCCUGCGGAGCCAGCUUGGAGACCGCCUCAACGUGGAGGUGGACGCCGCCCCCACCGAGGACCUGAACCGCGUGCUCAACGAGACCAGGUGUCAGUACGAGGCCCUGGUGGAGAGCAACCGCAGGGACGUGGAGGAAUGGUUCACCAGGCAGACCGAGGAGCUGAAUGGGCAGGUGGUGUCCAGCUCGGAGCAGCUGCAGUCCUACCAGCUGGAGAUCACUGAGCUGAGACGCACGGUCCAUGCCCUGGAGGUGGAGCUGCAGGCCCAGCACAACCUGAGAGACUCUCUGGAGAACACCCUGACGGAGAUAGAGGCCCGCUACAGCUCCCAGCUGGCCCAGGUGCAGUGCCUGAUCGGCAAGGUGGAGGCCCAGCUGGCGGAGAUCAGGAGGGACCUGGAGCGGCAGAACCAGGAGUACCGGGUGCUGCUGGAUGUCCGGGCCCGGCUGGAGGGUGAGAUCAACACAUACCGGGGGCUGCUGGAGAGCGAGGACUGCAAGCUGCCCUGCAACCCCUGCGCCACGACCAAUGCGUGUGUCAAGACCAUCAUGCCCUGUGUCUCCAGUGCCUGCACCCCCUGUGCUCCUGCUACCCGCUUCUCUACCUGUGUCCCCCGCCCCAACUGUGGGCCCUGCAACUCCUACGUGUGCUAGAGUCCAGUGGUUGCCAGAAGAGCAAGGAGGCAGGGCCCAGUGUUCCAGAGCUUUGACCUGGCCCUGGUUCAUUCCACCAAAUGGGCCAGAAAACACAAUUGCAUGGCUGGAGCUGCCCCAGGGAGGUGGUCAAGAAACUCACCCAACCUACUCCAGAUAAUUCCCUGCCUACAUUUUCCUUCACUGGAGACCAUUUCUUCUUAGCUAGCCCAGAGAACCCUCCCACGUGCCAUGAGCUUUCCCUUGUAACCUCCUAAUAAACUUGAUUUCCUUGGCAAAGCA